GGGAAGGGCGUGAAGGGAGAGAAGAGGGGGUUGAAGACCAAGCGAGGGGGAGGAAGUGAUGAGCAGAGGUAAUGAGGAGUUGGUAGCUGCCCUUGGUGAGGGUAACAUAGCAGGAAUAGCCCCCUUGCAGGUGAAAUAUUUUGCAAGGAGAUGGUUGUAUUGGAGUAGGUGUGAGGUGCUGUAAUCCUUUAGGAGGCUGUGUGUUUGCAGACUGACAGGACUAAGGGAUUACGUGCGAGCUGAGGGAGGGUGGGGAGUGUUCAGCCUCUCGGGUUUCCUGCCUGCUUCUCCCCCCGGGGGCGCUGGAUGUCUGCAGCCGGCUGGCCUGCCUGGCUGCUGCGGGCGGUGCGGCAGCUCGGAGCCUCACAGCCUCCCGCUCCUCCCACUCCGCGGGAGCCCGAGCCCCGGGGACCGGCCUCUCCCCAUGCCGACUGGAUGGGCAACCUCCCGCCGGCUCUCAGCGCCCUGCCUCUCGCCAAUCUGGCCGUGCCAGGAUCUCAUGAUUCCUUUAGCUUUUGGAUCGAUGAAAAAUCCCCAGUGGGCCCGGACCAGCCAGUUGUGGUCAGGCACAUGGCUGGAAUUUUCCGGUCCUUCUGGAAGAGGAUGAUGAAGAGAUGGUCGGUGACACAAAGCUUGACCUUUCGGGAGCAGCUAGAGGCUGGUAUCCGUUAUUUUGACCUCCGCGUUUCCACCAAACCUGGGGACAGCCAGGAACUUUAUUUCAUCCAUGGUUUGUUUGGGAGCAAGGUUCACGACGGUCUGAUCGAGAUUGACAAUUUCUUGACUGCUCACCCCAAGGAGGUGGUUUUCCUCGAUUUCAACCACUACUACGAAAUGGAGGGCUCAAACCACGAAUACCUUAUCCAGAUGCUUAGAAACAUCUUUGGGUCCAAACUCUGCCGAGCUACCUUGGUGGAGGAAAUAACGCUGCAGUAUUUAUGGGAACACAAGUAUCAGGUGCUUGUGUUCUAUCACCAUCCCAUGGCCCACAACUUUUCCUUUCUGUGGCCGGGUAAUCAGAUGCCAGCGCCCUGGGCAAACACCACUGACGCACGGAAGUUGGUGCAGUUUCUGGAGACCACCCUGAACGAGCGGGCAAAAAGGGGAACUUUCCACGUGUCCCAGGCCAUCCUCACCCCUCAGACCAAGACGGUGAUUCGCGGGCUCAUCGUUGGACUACGCGACUCUCUCGUCGCUAGAAACCUGCCAACAAUAAUGAACUGGGUGAAGUCUCAGAAGCCUGGUGUCAAUGGUGUCAACAUCAUUACCUCAGACUUUGUGGAACUUGUGGAUUUUGCUACGACUGUCAUCAAAUUAAACAACUUGCUGCUGCGUGACAGGAGCAAACGUGGACAAAUUUAGUGCACUUUCUUAUUCUGGGCAGGGUAUUAUUUUGUGUAAUUGCUUCUAGGGAGUUUAGGUGCAGUGUGCAUCAACAUUAGGCUCAUUCAGUCCAUUCCAAUAUCCAUCUUAGUGACUGCCUUUGGCUUCAUAUUUCAGGUUAAAAAACUCUGAAAUCUCCACUUACUACAGGAAUGACCAAACCACUUGUAUUUGCACUCCAUCCGAUGGACUGUAGCACCUCCACAGUUGGAGGGUGACAACUUAUACUGAUAAGGCCCAUUGGCUGCUGUAGAAAUGUAUCACAGAAAAGGUGUGGAUGUAAUGAUUUUAAUAUACAUUUAUAAUUAGAAAUGACAGUGAUUAUUAACAAUUAAAGAUAUAGGAUGUUUUUUAAAUGUGCUUUUUAAAAUUAGGAUUUUUAAAAAAUUGUAUUUUGUGAUUACAGUGAAAAAUAGACUAAACGUUUCUGUAAUUAACUAUAGUUUGUACCUAUAUGCAACCAUGUUAUGAGGUUCUCAAAGGACAGGGGUAAAAUCCCUACCUAGUUCAGAUCCUAGUUCAAACUCUGCCUGCCAUGGAGGUAUGUUAUAACAUGUCCAAACAAGUUGUUAAAAAAUGUUGUUUUUAACAGUCAAGAGUUAAAGGCUAAAACACUGAACAGGGAACAAUGUGCCUGAAUGCCUCACCUCAAGUACUGUUAUUUAGCUGCUUUAAUUCAAAAUCUGCAGAUAAAAUGUUUGUCAGGCUGGUGUGGUGCAAAGCAGUAAAAUUUGCUUCAAAAGAGAUUAGACUGGCCAAUGCCAUCUCAAGUCUGAUCAGAUCAGGACACCUCUGUUGUUAGUCUGUAUUCUCAGUGCACUGAUGGUCAGGGUCUAUACUGUGGUGUGGAUUGGGGAAGCUGGUGAAACAGCACUGUAAACAUUGACCUGGCAGUCUAGAGCUUCACGGCAGGUGGUGAACUUUGAAAUCUAAAGUUAAGUAUUAGGAACGGGCAAAAAAAACUACAGGACUUUCCAAUGGCACCCACAUUCCAGGACGGAAUUAGGGACAGCUGUUACUCAGGGUUGCAUAGGAGGAGCUGAGAGGAAAGUCGGUCUGUUUUUGUUAUUUGACCUGUCUAAUUUUAUCUGCUUGUGCUUGGAAUAUUCACUUUCAACUUUUAACAAUAUGACAGUCGGUUAUACAGAGCUGUCUGAAAUAGAUUUUUCCCUCUGAGGAAUCACUUUCCAGCAGAACAGAAACGAUUGGAUGUACCUUGUGAGAAAGGAGGACUUCCCGACAACCCCCCCACCCCUACCCCACUGCCCAUCCCCACUCCCACCCUACAUUGCCAGUAUUUUAUUCCUGAUGCAGCAUGGACCUUCCCAGAUCUGUAAGUGGCAGUGAGCUCUGGAACCAGAGGUCAGCCAUUCACAAACCCAUCAGUGUGUGUGAGGAGCCUCCAAUGAGGACCCUUGGAUCAGUGUCAGGAGUAAAUAUUUUUCCGGAGUAUUGUUGAAUGUGUCUUCUGUGAAUGUGAAGCAAGUUUAGAUUUUCAUGUACGGUGAGUUGCUUUCUGUGUCGAUUCAUUAAAUGUUUUAAUGGGCAGUGAGAGAA